UUUCUAAAUCGGUGAUGUGUUUUUAUUUGAAUUGUCCGUUGCAGAAACAGUUAAUUAUAGUGAAUAUUUUGGUGCUUUAAGAAACAAUUAUUAAUAAAUAAUAAAAAAAAUAUGCGGACUUGUGUGUAUUGUAAAACAAAAGCUACCAAGUUAAACAACGUAUCUUUUUUCAAAUUUCCAUCAGAUGAGAGAGUUCUUCGAUUAUGGAUUAAAAACAUGGGCUACGAGUCAAAUUGGAAACCACUAAUAAGUCAUCGUCUUUGCUCCAAACAUUUUUCAGUCCAAUGUACAGAUUUCCGAGAUAAGAUUUUUCGACUUCGGAAAGGCAGUAUACCAACGAUAUUUGGAGAAAAUAAUGAGAUUGUUGAUUCUUAUAUAAAUUAUCGACAAGUAAUUGAAAAAGUGGAAGCAGCACAAAAUGAACAUAUUGAAGAGCAAGAAAAUUUUAAUUUUGCAACAAAACAGAAAGAGAUGAAAAUACUUAAAGACCCGCUCUUAAUUAACGAGGAACACAUUAAAACUGAACAAAUCCAUAGAGAACUUCCAUUAAUUCGAACCGAUAACAUUAAAAUUGAACAACCAUAUCAUACAGAAUUGAUAAUUAAAAAGGAAUCAUUUCCUGAAAAAUUCAAUAAAUAUUCAAAAUUAAUCCGAAUCGAAAACAUUGAAACUGAACAAUACCAUUCAGAGUGUAUAAUCAAAGAGGAAUCAUUCCCGGAACAAGUCCCGACAGAACAACAAUUAAGUGAAGAAGACAACAUAAAAAUUAAGCAACUCUAUCCCUUUCCCCAAUUAAUUCGAGAGGGAAACAUUAAAAUUGAAGAGCCAUAUCAUACAGAAUUGAUAGAGGAGUCAUUUCCAGAACAAUUAAUUCAAAAUGAAAACAUUGAACCGCAAUGUCUUCGGGAAUUUGUAACUGUUAAGGAGGAAUCGUUUUCAGAAGCAGUGUUUUAGUAUUUUCCGCCGCAGAAAAAUUUGCUGUGUGGAUAAUCGAUCUAGUAAAAUACCAGACUUUAUUUAUUUGAAUUGGUUGCUAGAAUCUUACACCAAUUCUCUGUGAUCAGCUGAGUUGUGCAAAAUACGUGAUAUCCGUUGCUUUUUUUUUAUUGUUGAAAAUAAUGUGGUGCAUGAAGAAGUGUUCACAUAAUGGAAAUAUCAAUACCUACAAAUUAAAUAUUUCAGGAUAUUAUUUGUAGAACUAUAUUACUCUAAGAAAUGAUUCCGAAUAAAAGCCAAAAGGUUGAAAUUCUAUGGAACAAUAUGAUUAAUGGGACCCGGAUUAAUGUUCGUAUGAGUGUGUAUAUAACAAAGUCAUAUUGAUUCGAAAGUGUGCUUUUACCAUGCGCACUUAGAAAUUCGCACAAGCUAAUUUUAAAAAAUCAUGAAAUGGAGAAAAUUGAAUAAGAACAGCCAUUAAACCUAAAAAUCUUAUUAAUAAAAAUUGGAUAUUGUCGAAAUUAGCAAUUAUUGUGUUUUUUCGAAUAUUUGACUUGAAACUUAUUGUUCAUAUUUGGACAUUUAAAAAAAUUUUUGUCCGUCGACUUUUUCCCCUCAA